CAAGAUAUAACUCUGCAAGCUGGUCUAUAAUGGAAUGGUAGAUGUGUAAUAAUCAGGCCACGUCCACACCCUUAUUAAUCUUCUCAUUUCAUUGUGUCCCAACCACGUUCAAGACCUCCCAUUUGGUCAAUACUCAAUAGUUCAUAUGAAAGAGAACUUUCUAUCUACCAAUAUAAAUAGCAAUCCAACUUCCCACAUUUCUCACAAUUUCAUCAAUCCUUUUUCAUACUAUUCCAUUCUUGAGAAAUCAUCAUGGGUGCCAUCACUUAUGAUAUGGAGAUCACUUCAUCAAUCCCGGCCGGAAAGUUGUUCAAGUCCAUUAUCCUCGACUCUGACAACCUCAUCCCCAAGAUCCUGCCUCAAGCCAUCAAAAGUGUCGAAAUCCUUGAGGGAGACGGUGAAGUCGGAACCAUCAAGGUUAUCACUUUUGGCGAAGGAAGCCAGUUCAAGAGUGUCAAGCACCGUGUUGAAAAUAUUGACAAAGAAAAUUUGACAUAUAGCUACAGCAUCAUUGAAGGGGAUGCUCUGAUGGACGUUCUGGAGUCGAUCAAUUACCAUGUCAAAAUUGUUCCGGCUGCUGAUGGAGGAUCUAUCUGCAAGAACAGGAGCAUUUACAACACCAAGGGUGAUGCCCAGAUUUCCGAGGAGAAGAUCAAGGAAGGUAAAGAGAAGGCCAUGGGAAUUUUCAAGACUGUAGAAGCUUAUCUCCAAGCAAAUCCCGAUGCCUACAAUUAAACAUGUUGCUUAAAUUUACACUGCCUAAAAUAUUAUACAAUUGAGUGAUUUAUGUUUCCUAGAAAUGCUGCAUUUGCAUUUUCUGCAGAAUAAGAUCAGUGUUGUACUGAAAAGCUUCAAAGUACUCUUGGUUGAAUUCGUAUUUAAAUAAUUAAUGGAAGAGGAUUUACUUCA